GACCGCCACGGCUGCCACAUCUCGCAGCCAUGGAGUUCGCAGAGCUGAUCAAGACCGCCAAGGUGAACAACGUGGUGCUCUCGAGGCCAGGACUCGCGCCAGUCAAAGGGACCCUGUGCAUCACCAGCCACCACCUCCUUCUGUCGUCCCAGGCAGGGGGAAACGGGGAGCAGAGCCAGAUGGAACUCUGGCUGCUGAUUCGCAAUGUGGAUGCUGUCGAGAAAAGGCUUGCCAAUGCUGCUGGCACCAUCACUCUCAAGUGCAAGGACCUGAAAAUUCUGCACCUGGAGAUCCCAGGCAUGGAAGAAUGCCUGAACAUUGCCAGUUCCAUUGAGGCCCUCUCCUCCAUUGAGUCCGUCAUGAUGACGUACCCCUUUUUCUACAGACCCCAAAGCAUGAAGCUGGAAAAUGGGUGGCAACUGUAUCCACUUGAAAAAUACUACCAGCAAAUAGCCUCCGAUACAGGCAACUGGAGGCUCUCUUCUGUCAACGAGGAUUUUACUGUCUGCCCCAGUUACCCCCCAGUGGUUAUGGUGCCAGCUGCAGUUGACGAUGAAGCCCUGAGAAAGAGCGCCUGCUUCCGCCAGGGGAGACGGUUUCCUGUCCUGAGUUAUUACCACAAGAAGAACGGGAGUGUGAUGCUCCGCAGCAGCCAGCCUCUCUCCGGGCCCAACCGGAAGCGCUGCCGGGAGGACGAGCUGCUCUUGGGCGCUGUGCUGGAGCAAGGGGACCGCGGUUUCAUCCUGGACACCCGCUCAGCACAGGCAGCCAAGCAGGCCCACAUGACGGGUGGAGGCACAGAGCACAGGGCUGCCUACCCUUGCUGGAAGAGGCUGCACCGGCCCCUGGAGAGGGGCCGUCCCCUCCAGGAAAGCUUCACCAAGCUGGUGGAGGCGUGUCUUGACCCUUCCAACAGCAUGGACCGCUGGCUGGCUAAGCUGGAAGCCUCUAAGUGGCUGUCUCACAUCAAGAUGGCUCUAAACACCGCCUGUCUUGCAGCACAGUGCCUGGAGAGAGAAGAGGCUUACGUUCUGGUGCAUGGAUACGAGGGGACGGACACCACUCUCCUGGUGACGGCGCUCGCCCAGGUCAUCCUGGAUCCCGACUGCAGAACUCUGGCUGGCUUCCAGGGGCUGGUGGAGCGGGAAUGGAUCCAGGCCGGCCACCCGUUCUCCCUCCGCUGCGCCCGCUCGGCCUGUUCCCACGCCCGCCUCAAGCAGGAGGCUCCCGUGUUCCUUCUCUUCCUGGACUGCGUCUGGCAACUCGGGCGCCAGUUCCCGUUCUCCCUGGAGUUCAGCGAGCACCUCCUGCUGACCCUCUUUGAACACAGCUACGCCUCACCCUAUGGCACAUUCCUCUGCAACAACGAGCAAGAAAGGAAGCUCUGUGAAGUGAAGGAGAAGACUCAUGCUCUCUGGGCCUGGCUGAAUAGCAGAGACAAAUAUAGGAAUCCACUGUAUGCACGCAACCCCCUGGUUAUCUGGCCAUCUGUGGAGCCCCAGAGUGUGCUGCUCUGGCAAGGCUUAUUCCUCCGCUGGAUCCGUCCAUCCCACUAUCUAGAUGAAGCACAGGCAGAAAUAAAAAAAAUAGCAGGAAACAGCCAAGUCCACAUAGAACAAUCGAGCAGGACACCGCAAGAGCAGAUUCCAGCACAGACUGAUUGA